GGUUGCCUCCGAGCGGCGUUCUACUCUCGACUAGCCGAUUCCAACGAAACUCCACUUCGAUUCCGCAACAGAAUUUGGCUAAAAAAAAAAAUAAAAAAAUAAAUACAGUACCGAAAAAAGGAAGUUUCGCGAUCAGGCGGAAAUUAGUCAAGCAAAUAAUUGUUCAAGUGUGAGUGCUCGCGAGUGGAAAGUGGCUUGAAUUCCUCUAAUUGGGAGUGUAUCAAAAUAAGUGGCCAACAUGAUUGAGAGGCGCAGUCAACUGGAUAAGAUCAUCAUCACCGCCAUGGAUCGCUUCGUUUGGUUCGUCCUCCUGGUGGUCAUGUCCCAUCUGGUCACCGAGUUCACCCGCGUCACCGGAUACGCGAGAGGCCAGCGCCACGAGCUGGUGCUGCUGAACGAGACCCUGCUGGCCCCGAUGCCCGUCCAGAACAUGGUGCUCUACCCCAGCCAAGAGUACGGUCAGUACCAGCAGCACUCCUCCUCCCCCUCCUCAUCCUCCAGCGUCGGUGGAUCGAUGAGCAGCCUGCAACAAAACGCGGCCAUGUGGCUGAGCAGCUUGGCGGCGGGAGUGAGUCCGGGAAACGGAGCAACUGCAGCGGGUUCAGCGGUUCCCGGGAGCAAUGCGGCCAUCUUGUCCCUGGGCGAUAGCCAACCGGCUCACACGGCCGAGAACACUUACCCGGUGUUCAGUUUGCGUCCCCUGAUCGACAGCAUUUUCGAGAUUCCGAUUUCGACGCUGCGAGCUGUCAACAAUUUGGUGGGUCGACUGACCGGAGGCUAUCGCCAGGCUCCGACGGAAGUGUCGCAAAAAUCCGUGGCAGCAGGAACGGCGCUGCCUUCCGGCAGACAAGUCCAAAAUCCUACCUUAAAUGCCCAUCCGAGUCCACAUCAAAUGCGCGAGGAGAUGGCGUAAUUUAAGGAUCCUUAGUCCCACUUUAGUCAGUACUUUUGCGUGAAUGUUGUAAUUUCUGUCAGUGUUGAUUUCGAGUGUGUUUUUCGUGUGCAUUUUUACCUUUGUGAUAUACGUGACCUUGUCGUAAGCUUAGCUUAAGGAUAUUUAUGUCCACCCACAAAAAAGUCCCCAAAAAAUAAUAUUAAACAAUAAAUGUAAUUCCUACAAAGAAAAUAUUAUACAU